UUCCAGAGAUCGUGAAGGUAAAACUGUCGGAACGCCAGCAACGGGCGGCGCUCCUAAAACGCAGCUCCAGAGAGUGUGAAGAAGUGGAAACUGUCGGAACGCCAGCAACGGGCGGCGCUCCUAAAACGCAGUUCCAGAGAUUGUGGAAGUGGAAACUGUCGGAACGCCAGCAACGGGCGGCGCUCCUACAACGCAGUUCCAGAGAUCGUGAAGGUAAAACUGUCGGAACGCCAGCAACGGGCGGCGCUCCUAAAACGCAGUUCCAGAGAGUGUAGUAAUAAUAUACAAUAAAGUACGUGUGGUAGUGUGCAAUUCUAAAUAAAGAGCGAUUUGUAAAGAGCCCCAUAGUUUACAAAUUUAUUGUAACGAACCCUGGACACGGCGAGUAUACCUCAGCAAAUCAGAAGAAGCAGGGGCAGAAGAAAAGCUUCGUUACAAUUGGCGCCCGAGCAGGGACCCGGCAAAUCGUAUAACAUCAGGAAAAUGACAGAUCUUAUGUGGUUGGACAACGUAUCUAAGGAGCAACUAAUCUCCUUCGCAGAGAAUUUGGGCGUUGACCACAUAGGCACCACGCGGGAAAUUCGGAAGCGCAUAACUGCACUGGCAGCCAAGGCGCACGAGGACUCCGAAAUACAAGAGAAAUUGUUAAAAAUGGAAGCUGCAUACAAAGGAAAUGACUUCGCUUCACGAGACGAAGGCGAUCAGAAGACACCACUUCCACCAGAUCAAGGCAGAGGAACUGCGGACAUUUUCGCAGAAUCAUCACGACGACUACCGCCACCAAUAAGCAUGCCGAAUAGCGGCAUGUCGAUGCAACGGAGCCAGAUGCUUACAUUCGCACCUAUCAUCGACCAGGUGAGGAAGUGGUCCGUAAAGUACGACGGCGGGAGAGACCCAUUAGCGUUCAUCGAACGAUUGGAAGAGCUUUCCGAAGUAUACGUAAUAGACACAGACCUUCUUCCAAGAACCAUGCCCGAGUUACUGUGCGGUACCGCUCUCCAAUGGUAUCGCAACAACAACGAACAUUGGAGGAGUUGGAGUACCUUCAAAAGGGAUUUUUUGCGAUUCUUCUUACCAGCACGCUACUUCGAACGCCUCGAAGACGACAUACGGCAACGAAGACAACACGUGCGAGAAAAGUACAAAGACUACGUCCUCGCUAUGCAGAACCUAAUGAGACACGCUGGAUAUAAUCAGGAGCAGCGGUUGGAAAGGAUCUUCCGAAACAGCCACACCGAUUACCUACUCUACAUUCGGCGUCGAGAUUUCGAGACACUAGCCGAACUUAUCACGCUUGCAGAAGAAUACGAGAGCAUCCAUGAAGGACAUCGGAGAACUGUAGAGACGGCACGCCGCGAGAUGACGAGACACAUCAUAGGUGACCACGAGGUAAGAAAUACAUCACGGCCAGACCAUCCACCCGUCCAGUCCGCAUCAGCACGUUCGCAACAGCAGCACACGGUUUCUCAACACGAUACUACGGUAAACGCGCAUCACCAACAACCAUCCACGAACCCAACCUUUAUGCCUGGAAACACAUGCAGGAGAUGUGGCCAGGAAGGACACUACGCUAGGAGGUGCCGUAAUCCCAGAAAGAUAUUUUGCUGGGAGUGUGGUCGAGCGGAUGUGCUAACCAAAGAAUGCUGCGGCCAACGACAGGGAAACGGCCGAGGGUUCCGCCAGGAGAAAGGCGCGGCGGACCCACAGAACUCAGCGCCGACACGCCAACAAUUAUGCAUCAGGAACGCGGCCGGUUGUACGCCUUAAUCAAGCUUGGCGGAGAACCGGCGGAAGCCGUCAUCGACACCGGCGCCUCAAAAAGUUUCGUAUCGUCACGACUUGCAGAACGUAUGGACACGACCGGGAGUGGUAAGAAGGUUACCGUAGCCAUGCAAAUACAAAUGGCCGACGGUACCACCAGCAAGAUUUACGACGCCGUUGAAACCAACAUCCAACUCGGACAGUCAUCACUCCAAGCAGUGUUGCAUGUUAUGCCCGGUGCGAUUGAUGACGUCAUACUCGGGUUAGAUACACUGGGGAGUAUGGGAGCUAAGAUAUCCUGCGGAGGUCAUCAGGUAGUGCUGACAGCACCAGAUGCGCAGCAUACAGCGGCCUUCUACACCAUGCCACCAGAAAAGGUAGGCAACGCAACGGCAACUACACCAAAGAGCCGACUACAAAAAUCCAGUAGAACGAAGUGCAACAAAAGACGUAAACUAAAGUGCAGGAGGAUUAAUAGAGUCGAGCCUAGAUCGACCAUCAACGAGAGAAACGAAGCGGCCCGCAUACGCGACUUCUUAGCAGAAGAGCUUCAAAAAUUUGAAACCAUGAGUGGAGUGACGACAGUGGCGGAGCAUAAAAUCACUAUGACCGACAACCGCCCCAUCAAGCAACGAUAUUUCCCACGAAAUCCAGCGAUGCAAGCGGUUAUCAACAAUGAAAUCGAUGAGCUGCUAUCGA